AUGGCAACCAUGGCGAAGACUGAAGGCAACGAUAAUGAAGCUGAUAAUAAACAGCUCGUCGAACUUGUGGAAGACCUGAGACGCUCCAAUGCAGAGCUGCGCGCGGAGACGGAGACGUUUGAGCGCUACGUUAGACGACUCGGUCCUCGCGAGCCGGAUCCACAGCUCGCGCCAGUGUCGGUGGGCACCACCUCACAGAUGGAGACAGGAGCGGGGCGUGGGAGGAAAUCCAGUACUCAAGGGGCUUCUCAGGAGCCAUUCCAGUACCUGACGCUGGACCAGAAGUAUUACAUAUGCAUGAAGGAAGUGAAUGCAAUGAGGCAAGAUCUGGAACAGCUCAACAAGGCAUCAGAGCAAGCGCUCCAGAACCAUAAGGCGAUGAUACAAGUGACUGACAAGCAGCUGGCAGACAUUAAGAAAGCGAGAUAUGAGUUUGAGCGUGACAUCGUCAAACCCCUGCGUGAGGAGAAAGGUGUCAUGGUGAGACCAGAGAAGGUCAUCCGUUACAUCGAGGACCGAAUAAAAGCUAGGGACUCCCUGGUCGAAAAGCUCCAUCUGAAAAACACGGCACUGUGCGCGCAGACACGCAAGCUGCAGCUGCAGCUGCUCCACAAGGAGGACAUGGAGGAGGUGCUGCACGAGGUCGACUUCCAGCAGCUGAGGAUUGAGAACCGCCAGCACCUGGAGCACAUCGAUGAAUGCAACCAGGACCUGCUACACCUCAAGCUGCUGGCUGGGAACACCCAAAAGCUGUUGAACACAUACAAGAAAAAGCUUGAGAGUUUGACCAGUGAGUCAAAGCUUCUGAGCAGCGACAUUGCUUCACAUGAGGACCUGCUGCUGAAGACAGACAAAGAGACUCAGCAGGCGGAGGAGGAGCGAGCCAAAAUAGAGGUUCAGAACAAGAAGCUCCAAGCUCAGCUGGAGGACUUCAGUGCACCGCAUGUGCUGGAGUACAUGGAGGCCAGGGCCCUGCACAGCCAGCUGGAGCAGAGUGUGAAGACCUGGAGGCGCAAGAUCGAGGUCGCAGAGAUGACACUGAAGUCCCACACAAAGGCCUGGAACAGGCUGCAUGCCAAAGCAGGAGCUCCAGUGUCUGAUUAACCCAGGAUGGACCAGCCUUCUGGAGCCACCUUACCUUACACCCUCAAGUCUUCUGCCCACAAACUCAAACCUUUCCACUUGAGUUUUUUUUCCCCCUAAAUGUGGUUUAAAUAUAGAAUUCAGGCUACAUAUAAUAAAAGAGAAAAUGGGUAAAAUAUGAAGCAAUAAUGCCCAGGACAUACAAGCAUUAUUAAUGAAAAAGUUUAUUAGUUAGUGCUGUGUAUAUUAAAUGCUACAUACAGAUAUUUAGCAUGAAUGUCACAUCCAUUGCCACAUGAUGUUUUCUUACUAGCUCAUCCACAAUCUACAAUUUGAAAAAAGCUAAAAAGUAAGUGUGCUCAGAAGCACAGAUACUUCAAAACAGAUUACAGGAACUAACACAGCAGGCAUGCAGGAGGCGGAGUCCAGGACAACUGGGGAAGAAGGGCCACGCCCACCUCUCCUUGAAGUUAAAAGGUCCCACCUCCUCUCCCCCGUAGUCCUGAUCCUCACACCAGGAAUAUAGAUAUUUAUAUAGAAAUUUUAAACAAUAUUAAUAAAAAAAUAAUAUACAAUGCAAACGUGAAAAAAAAAAAAAAGACACUUUAAAAUCACAACCUCUGUCAAACCUCUUAAUGCCUGUGGUUGGGGGGAAAAAAAGCCCCUUGAUAUUGUCAAGCAAUGGAUAACCAUACACUAUUAAAAUGUGAAAUAUAUGCUAAAAAAGAAAAGAAAAAAAAGAAAGAAAAUGAAAAAAAAGAAACCCAGCAUUGCUCAAGCCCAAGACCAAAGUGCCUGGCCUGCGUAUGCACCGCGGUGCUGAGGGCAAUGGUCAUACCCAAACCUCUGCAGCAUGCCCCCAGCCCACGGGCUCCAAUCAGCGCACAACACUGCCUGUAGGGGUCAGCACAGAACCACACCGACACAGCACCACGCACACAACACGUUGCUGCUGCUGUUAUGUUGUUCAAAUCAACAUUUUAUUAUGGAUCAGUGUCAAAUUAGGCAGCUUGGAGAUGACAUGGGUGCUGCCCUUUCUCCAUCAGCUCAAGGUCCAGGGUAGUUUGGUUAUUCUAAAAAAAAUUAAAUGGGGGGCUGAGGGGGUUGCAAUGAGGAAACAAAGCUGUAUUAAGAGAGUUUUCUAGGAAACAGUAAACAGCAUCCAUGCUAUGACUAUGAUCUGUACAACGCAUGUAUUUAAAAUAAAGAAAACUGAGUGUCGUAA